CUGAUUGAAGUGGGUGAUUAUGUCCUCUCUUAAAAAAUCGUUUAUCUGCCUUUUUGUCUUUCCUGAACUUGGGGAAGGGAUUUGCACACGUUCGGUUAUCUUCGAGCUCCUCUCAACAGUCUUUAAGUUUUAAUUUAAGCUUCACCAAUUGCAACAGAGCUGGCCAACACCUGCCUCACCGAGUCUUGUCUAUUAUGUAGAAAUCCGUGGUGUCCCUCCGUUGACUAGAGGAUUGUUUAUGACAGACAUAAAUAAGUAAACAAGUAAGCAAUAACCUGAAUAUUCCAUUCCAGUUUAAGCCAAAAUACCAAAAGUAAAGGUAGCAGCUUACAUGGUGAGAAGAUAGAAGCUAUGUAGCAGUUAUGAGCUGGAAUGGGACAUGAUAUUAAAAAUGGCCAGCCUGUAUUUCCAGUGGGAUACACCCAAGUCUCGCUGCUGUGCGGUGCCAUAAUUCCAGCCUUGUUCUGUUUUUGGUUUUGUGUGUGUUUUGCUGUCAUUGAAGUCCUGCUGUCCCUUUUGAGCCCCGAUGUCUCAUAACUCUUGACGUUGAGCCUGGCACGUACAUCAUGACUUGCCAGCCCUUAUCCGUGACUGCAGCCUCUGCUUCCAAGAGAUAAAUACUCGCACAUCAUAAUGGCGUAGUCCAAUUUAACAGAACAGGGCUUCGGAGCGCUGUGGACUGCGUUGACAUUCCUUUGACAUUUUAACCAGAUGUCUGCGUGGAUGGAGUGACGCAUAACGUAAACACGGCUUCAGGCAGUCCUGCUAAGCCCGAGCCCCCAAAGUCCUGCUUUGAUGUCACAUCACCACCCUCAGGACUCUCAGAAAAUGAAAGCAGAUCCAAAGCCCCAGCAAGCAUUUCCACGUAUUCAUCCGUGAGCGCAUGGCGCCGGAAGAGCACCCGUGCACUCGUUUCCUGUUUUGUAAGUGAAGCCAAAAAAAAAAGUGUUGGCUGGUCCCCUUAAAACUGAGGACUGGUGGCUUUGAAAGCCUCUGCAGACAACAGCACCACGGGAGCGACACACUUCGCACCCCAACACGCCACGAGCAGUACCAGCACAAUGUGUGACUUGUACAGCUCCAUCGCCAUAGUAACAUUGCUUGGAAGUGUCAGGUGUGAAGAAGCAGACCCCGUACCGGUGCAGGCUCAGGCUCGCGUGACAGCCGGAGAGCGACACCUCUUCUCUGGGGAAGACAUACAGCUUGCAUGCAGUGUGCCUGAGGACCCUCUGUCCGGCUGGAGGUACCAGUGGUUCUUGAACGGCGUGUUGGUGAGCUCCUCCGAGGUGUACGACCUGAAGGACACCCAAGUCCUGCAGACGGGAGGCUACACAUGUCUGGGGGAGAAAGACAUCGACGGCUGGCCUUAUGUGAUGAAGUCCCUUCCCAGCGACGUGCUGAAUGUGCACGUGGACGGUGGUUGGGUCCUUCUGCAAACCCCGACCGAGCCACUGGUUAUUGAGGAAGUGCUGAACCUGACCUGCCGUGUCCGUGACGACCCCCUGCUGAUGGAGGUGACCUUCUACAAGGGUGACGUAAAGAACUGGAAACAGAAAGACAAAGACCUGGUUUUUCCCAGAGUCUCACUGGAGGACCAAGGCAGUUACUGGUGCAAGGCCACCUGGGUCCAGGGCUAUGUGUACCACUCUGGCCAGUCCCUGCCUGCUUCUGUAACCGUGUUGGACAAACUGACCAGUCCAGUCCUGGAACUUGAGCCCGGCCGGACGGUCGUAGCGGAAGGAAGCUCCAUGGUCCUGAAGUGUUCCACUCAGCUACACGCCAGAGAACAGGGCCACGGCAUAGAAUACUACUACAUGAAAAAUGGCACCAGGCUGGGACCCGCAUCGUCCCGGGACACGCACACCAUCCAAAGUGCGGUGAAGGACGACACAGGUGUCUACACCUGCAAAGUCCGUGUGAGGGCUCUGAACCUGGAGAGAUGGAGCAAUGAGCUGAAGGUGGAGGUUAAACCACGCGAUCGGCCCAAACGGCGCUGACGAUGAAAGUCCCCAUUUUUUUAUUGCUUGUUAGGGGUUUUUAUUUCUAUUUUAUAGAAUCGCAAUAAAACUCCCUUUUGUGCACUCCCUUCAUGUCCUUCUGGAAAUGUGUAGCGUAACAGGAUCGUGUAUGUGCUUGAUUAGGGUUGAAAAUAAAUUCUAGAAGGAGACUUUAGAACAGAUGCAAAUAUUUCUGCUUAGAAAUCCCAUUUCACCAGUCCAUAAGUAAUUGGACAAUGUAGUUUACUGUAGUCCAGUAAACCAAGCAGAAUUUUCACUUUAAAAUGAAGAUCUCUACAUCACUAUCCAAGAUCCAUUAUCCACUGAUACAUGUUUGAACCACUGACACAGCAACAAACAUCUGGUCAAGAAAUGACCAAGGGCCCUUAAAAUGGAUUUUGUAUUCUGCACCUGAAACUCACAAUUAUUGUUUCAUUUCUAAUAAGAGCCAAAUCAGCUUUUUAUUAAUAUUGUAAUAAAACACAUGUGCUACAUAUGCUGUGCACAUUUUCACAAGGCAAAUAAGUGAUCACAAUGAAAAUCACAGUUUGAGUUAGAUUAAAACUCUUAACGCACUUCUCAACUGCUUGAAAAUGACAAAGACUAUAUUUGAUGGCGUCUUCUUUUACAGGAGAAGCAUCUGUUUUGGAAGGAUUUACCUGCACAGGAGGCAGGAGGAAUUUAUUUCCCUUUCAAACAACAAUGGAAAUUUUUUUUGGUAGGGGGAGGAUUUGUUAAUUAAUUUGUUUGCCUGUUUGCUAUGUGCCAGACGUGAAAAACCAGAAAUUCAACUAUUCAGCUUUUCUCCAACCACAGAGACACAUGUAUACACUAAAGCACUACAGUAAUGCAGUAAUACUUUAGUAUUUUCACAUCCAGUUCACUGGUAGUGGAAUAUAGAUUUUAUACAUCAAUGUGAUUGAGAAUGUGUUUUUGUUUUUUUUUAAAGGGUUUGGAAUCGGAGUGUUAUUUGUCAUUUUCCAAGACAGAGGAUUAAUGCAGAUCCUAUUUUCUGUUUGAUUUUAUUAUCUGAUUUAAAACUCAUAAAGCAAUACUGUUUUCUUUGGAAAAUUGUGUAUUUCACAAAUCAUAUUGUUACAAACGAUGAAUAAUAAACACACAACUUUGCUUCUA